AUGCUUGAAGAUCCGCAACUCGUCAUCCUUGUUCGCUCCCUUGCGCCACCGCCCCUUGCUCCUGAUAGUCAGAUCCUGCAAGAGCAGCUCCAAGUUGGGAGUGAAUCAAAAAGGAACUACUUUGGGGUGUAUGAGGUUCAAGCCUUGACCAAAACAGAUGCCAUAGUCAAUGUGGAUGACUUCGCAUGUGCUGUCUGA